GCAUGAACGUGAUCGGCUAUGACCCAACCAUUACCAUCGAACGUGCUUGGCAACUCGAUUCCGAUGUGGAAGCCGCACCGAAUCUCGAUACACUGCUGGCACAGUCCGAUUUCAUCACUUUCCACGUGCCGCUGAUCGACAGUACCCGUAACCUGAUCAAUGCUGACAGCCUGCAAAAGCUCAAAGAUGGCGUAGUGCUGCUCAAUUUCGCCCGCGACGGUAUUGUGGAUGAGCGUGCCGUAUUGGCAGGCUUGGAAAGCGGCAAGAUCUACGCCUAUGUGUGUGACUUCCCCAGUAAUGGGCUGCGCACUAAUCCGCGUGUGAUUACCCUGCCGCACUUGGGCGCUUCCACCCGUGAAGCGGAAGAAAAUUGCGCCAUCAUGGUGGUUGAU